AUGCCUUCCAAAAAUUCUAUCAACAGGCCAAAACAGCAAAUCAACCUCACUCGCAAGAGCCGCUCUUUGGCCAAGAAGAGAGAUGCCAUGGACAAGGCAGGUCUGCUGAGACCAGCCAGAUCUGCGGAAAGCUCUAAAUCUGGCCUGGCCAAAUCAGUGCCUCUCGACCUCUACAAGGGAGAGGGCCUCACCGCUGGUCCCCUCACCACCAAGACCCUGUCGAAGAAGAGAGCUAAGAAAAUUGAGAGAAAUCUCAAGUACGCAGAACAAAGAAAACUGCUGGUAGAUGUACAGAAAAACAUGGAAGACGGUAUGGAGCUCGACUCUGUUAGUGCCGCAGAAACUGCUCCGGCCGCCAAGAGCAAUCUAGAACGUGUGAAAGCAGCAUUUUUCCAGGCCAUGGAGGACACCACUAGCCAUGCCCUAACGCUGGAGCCCGGUUCUGGAACCACCCUGGGCGGUCCCUUCUUCCCAUGA